CCCUUGCUUUUGGUGAUGGUUGUGAGUGCAGAAGUUGAUUGACAGAUGCAUGCCAGAAACCCCCAUUCUCCUUUUCAAAGACAACAUAUGAUGGAUUGCGAUCUCUCAGCCCAGCAGGACACGGGGACCAUGCAAGCUGUAAUUGGUCAGGAUCCAAUGAUAGCUGGACAAGUCAGUAAGCCCUUGCUGUCAGUGCGGAGUGAAAUGAAUGCGGAGUUGAGAGGUGAGGACACGGCUGCUACUUCAGACAGCGAGCUGAAUGAGCCCCUGCUUGCGCCUGUGGAAUCAAAUGACAGCGAGGACACUCCCAGCAAGCUCUUCGGGGCCAGAGGAAACCCAGCAUUAUCAGACCCAGGCACUCCUGAACAACAGCAGGCCAAUCAGACCCACCCCCCAUUCCCGGUCGGGCCACAGCCACUUCUGACGGCACAGCAGUUAGCCUCUGCUGUAGCCGGUGUGAUGCCGGGAGGCACGCCAGCCCUCAACCAGCCCAUCCUCAUCCCCUUCAACAUGGCUGGACAGCUAGGAGGGCAGCAAGGACUGGUCCUCACACUGCCUACUGCAAAUCUCACCAACAUCCAAGGGCUGGUCGCAGCAGCUGCAGCUGGAGGCAUUAUGACUCUGCCAUUGCAAAAUCUACAAGCUACCUCAUCCCUGAACUCCCAACUACAGCAGCUCCAGCAGCUCCAGCAGCUCCAGCAGCAGCAGCCGCCGCCCCAGCCCCCGCCGUCCGGCGCCCAGCACCCGCAGGCGCCCCCGCAGGCGCCCCCGCAGCCCCAGCAGCCGCCGCCCCAGCCCGCCCCGCCCCAGCAGCCGCCACCUGCCUCCCAGCAGCUGCCCGCCGCCCCGUCGCAGCAGCCCCAGCAGCCUCCAUCCCUCCCCAACCCCCAGAACCAGAACCAACUGUCUCCAACUCCGCAGAGUGCAAGCCCCCCACAGAAACCCAGCCAGUCUCCGGGACACGGCCUCCCGCCGCCGCUCACUCCGCCCAACCCUCUGCAGCUGGUUAAUAAUCCACUAGCAAGUCAGGCUGCAGCGGCUGCAGCAGCAGCAGCCAUGGGCUCCAUAGCAAGCUCACAGGCCUUUGGCAAUGCCCUCUCCAGUCUUCAGGGGGUCACGGGUCAACUAGUUACUAAUGCACAAGGACAGAUUAUUGGAACCAUUCCUCUGAUGCCGAAUCCAGGACCAUCCAGCCAAACAGCAAGCAGCACACAGGGCCUUCAAGUGCAACCUAUCACCCCCCAGCUCCUGACAAAUGCCCAGGGCCAGAUCAUUGCCACGGUCAUUGGGAACCAGAUCCUGCCAGUGAUCAACACCCAGGGCAUCACACUCUCGCCCAUCAAGCCUGGUCAGCAGCUCCACCAACCCUCCCAGACGUCAGUGGGUCAAGCAGCCUCCCAAGGCAACCUUCUGCACCUGGCCCACAGCCAAGCAUCCAUGUCUCAAAGCCCCAUCCGGCAGCCUUCCUCCUCCUCCUCCUCCUCCUCCUCUUCUUCAGCUCUGAGUGUGGGCCAGUUAGUCAGCAAUCCUCAAACGGCAGCGGGUGAGGUGGAUGGGGUUAAUCUGGAGGAGAUCCGAGAAUUUGCCAAAGCUUUUAAAAUCCGGCGCCUGUCCCUUGGUCUGACCCAGACUCAGGUGGGACAGGCUCUCAGUGCUACAGAGGGCCCCGCGUACAGCCAGUCUGCCAUCUGCAGACACACCAUCCUGAGAAGCCACUUUUUCCUACCACAGGAAGCCCAAGAGAACACUAUAGCUAGCAGUCUGACAGCCAAACUGAACCCUGGCCUUUUGUAUCCUGCCAGGUUUGAAAAGCUGGACAUCACCCCUAAAAGUGCCCAGAAGAUCAAGCCGGUGCUUGAGCGGUGGAUGGCUGAGGCUGAGGCCCGCCAUCGAGCAGGUAUGCAGAACCUGACCGAGUUUAUCGGGAGUGAACCAUCCAAAAAGCGCAAGCGGCGCACCUCCUUCACACCCCAGGCUCUUGAGAUCCUCAAUGCCCACUUUGAGAAGAACACUCACCCUUCUGGGCAGGAAAUGACCGAAAUUGCCGAGAAGCUGAACUAUGACCGGGAAGUAGUUAGAGUUUGGUUCUGCAAUAAGAGGCAAGCCCUGAAGAACACAAUUAAACGCUUAAAACAGCACGAGCCGGCCACAGCGGUCCCUCUGGAACCCCUAACGGACUCUCUGGAAGAAAAUUCCUAAAGGAAAACCCACCCAAAGUCAGCAGCAAAACCUUAGAAACUAAGCUUCGCCCUUGGGACUCCACCAAAAAAAAAAAAAAAAAAAAAUUAAUUCAAAUAUAGCCCCACUUGCCCCCCCUCCCCCUUGUAAGUAAAAGACUACGAAAACUACCAAGUGGGCAGAAUGGUUUAUACAUGUCCCUUGGUUUUCCAAAAAUAAUUUUUUUUUAAUUUUUAAAUAAGGAAUAGACCCCCACUGCAGGUGCGUGUGGUAGGAUAGUUCCCUCCCCCACCUGACUCCCCAAAGCCAGUUUUUUAAUGGACUUAAAGCAAACCAAAUAACCACAUACUUUUUUCUGUACAUUACGAAAAUGUGAACACAUUUUAAAGAAAAAGAAAAACAAAACUAAACCAAAAAACGACAAACAAACAAACAAAAAAAAAAUCUUGUAUCUGUUCAAAGCGAAUACAAGCCUGCCACCUGGAGGAGGGACUGCGUUCUUUCAGGUUCUAAGUGCUGAUUCCCUAGAAAACCUAUUAACCAAAGUCAGAAACGUGGCAUUGCAAACGCGAUCGUCGGUCUACUCUUCCUGCGUGUAAAGUUGUGUUAUGAGUUUUUACAUUUGUACUUAACAGAAAAAUAGGAAGCCUGAUUUCUCCCAUUUUCCCCAUCUAUUGUCACCACCCAUGGGUGCCAUUGUUGAAGCCAUUCCUCAAGGCUCACCAUUGAUUCUCUUUUGGGAGAGGGGUUCUCGGUUCCUUUUUCUUUGUUUCGAAGGGGGCAUCCUGGAUCGUGUGCCAAAGCAUUCGUUGCUUUCUUCUCACUACGACUUGUGGGUUUAAGAAAAGAAAAUGGAUCUCGCAUUUCUCUUUUUUCCUCCAUUUCUCCAUCUCCCUCAUGCGUGGCCUCUGGGGUCUGCUGGAUGGCCAGAGUGGGAACAGUGUCUUUUCCACUCAGAUCCCAGUGAAAUGCAGGAGAGACGCCAAAAUAGCUAGGGCUUUGCUCGAUGAACUGUCAACACUGGCAUAAGCUGUAAUUGUGCUCACUGUCCACACCAGAGCUUGGGAUUUUUCUCAGUCUGUUGGUCACGUACAUGGAGAGCUGACCAAAACUAAUUUUGUAAAAUAAACAUAAGCUGCACAUUUGGUUCAAUACUUACAUCUAUGUUAUGCUUCUGUGCAAAGCAAUUGCUCUCAGAAGUCUGAUAGCCAAAGAAAUGUCUAAAGAUUUCAGUCAAAUACACACAUAGCAUGCACACCCAUACACACACACACACAUACACACACACACAGAAAACAGACCAAAAAGAAAGGAUAGUGACUGGAUCAUUAAAGGCCAUCGUGUAUCUUAUAAAUCCCAUCUUCUCUAACUACUUUCAUUCCAACAGAAAUGGCAGACUUUUUUCAGCGUGGGGAUUCAUUGCGCUGGGAUGUAUAAAUGGAGCAGAAAGUUGGCCGACAAAUUUGAGCGACUGGAAUGGGGGCUGGGUUUCUGAGGGAAACGAAGUUUUAAAAAAGGAAGUGCCUCCGCUAAAAGGGAAAAGUUAAAGUGGCUUAUCUAACACAUCAGAACCACCUUCACAUAAGAACUAGGGGACUAUUUCAUUUUUUCAAAGUAACUUACUCUAAAGAUCUAUGGACCGAAAUAACCUAAUAAGUCAGAAGGAAAAACUGAGAGGUGAGGGCAGCUGUGCCAGGUGAGCACCUGCAACCUGCAGGUGAUGUUUUCUCCAGGUAUAGGUAAAAGGUGUUCAGUUAAAGGAGUAAGCAAAGAGAGUCAUUAAUUUGCCAGCUGUUGAAAUGUAAAUAUUCCUAUUUCGUUAAUAAGCACGGUCAUGUACUAUCUAGAAGUAAAUUGUGAAUAAAAAAAGAAAACCGCCACCUCAAGGUGCACAACUGAUAAGAAAUCUUCCCAUAACUCACUCCCUCCUCAUAGGUAUUUGAGUUUCUUCUUCCCAAGGACCCCUUGCUGGUUGUGUAAAUGCAGUGGUACAAUCCUACUGCCCACCCCCUCCCCCUUCCCAGAUGAUCCAGGAGACCACCAGCAAGGAUAUUCUAAGACAAACCUUGGAAGUGGAACCAUUUUGCCAAUCUGAUGCUAAUUGGACCAGAGCUAACCUUCAGUGCCAAGGACACCAUGGUAUCCUUUUCACCACCUCAAAAACUGCACAAAUACCAACAACCCAGAUACCCAAAAAUGCAUUGAUUAAACAGAUUUUGUAUUCUCCUAGGACCUGCUCCAAAUUCCAUCAAGAAAAGCUCCCCAAGAAGAGAAGUUAACAAGAUAACAUAUGAUGGAUGCUAAAUGAUUAAACAUGUGCCAGCAGCAGUUACAUAAAGGCCUGCUCAGUUUGGAGAUCUGUAAUUGGGAGGGUAUAACUAGGACAGAGAAAAUAUAAAAUAAAAGUAAUCUUCCUGAGUGGAAUAAAAACGAAAUAUAUUCAUCCCACAGUCGUAAAACCAUUCAUGUGCAGUGAUUUUUUUUAUAGUUUUAUAAUUUUGUAUUGUUUUAUAAAUUAUUUAUAAGGUAUUGUAAUGCUUCUUAUAUUAAUUUUUUACAGAUAAAUUUUUUGCUACAAGGCAUACAAAGGUGCCUGAAUGGAUUCUUAGGAAUAUAAAUUAUACUGGGAAACUCAUAAGUCUUCAGACCACACCUAAUGCUUAAUUUUAUUAUGACAUUUCCUGUUUCCACCUGUGAACAACUUCACAUGCCAAUAGCAAUUUAGUAUCUUUUGUGUUUCCAUGAAAUGAAGAUGGAGGUUGUUACUAACAAAAAUUAAAAGCCGCUUCUUGGCAUAUGUGAUUGUAUUUCAAGCUUCAAUAUUUUUCUUACAUAUUUUUAAAAUUUUGUUGUCUUCAUUUUCUUCAUUGGAUGAAGGAGAAAAAAUGACUAAUAUUAUAUUUUACACUUGUUUCUGGGGGCUCUUUUUCAUUUUUCAAUCCAGAAAAGUUUUUAUUUGCAUUGCAGUGUUUUGGUUUCUUUAUGUUGUACUCCCACAAUGCACACGCACACACACACACUCAUGCACAUACACACACACCACAAAAGUGAGAACACAAAAGCAAAAGGAGCUAGGAAAAAAACGAACAAACAAGUAGAGGUGUAUCAAAGAACUCAAGCUAUAACCAAAAAGAAAAAUAUAUAAUGCCUUUGCUCAUCUUCUCUACGCUGGACCAAAGCUCAAUAUUUGUAGGUAUAUGCACAUUGUAUAGAUAUGGCUAAAUGUUGCUGACAAUCUCGCAAUACUAAACUGUUCCUAUUUUAAGAAAAAAAAAAAGAAAUACAAACUGUUCAUCAGUGUUUUACCUCAGCACUCUACUUGUACCCAGCUAAUGACCAAGCUUAAAAAAAUGGAGAAAAAAGAAAUUGAUUUUCAUUUCAAUGUUUGACUGUAAAAUCUGUUUGGAGAACAUUUUGUAAUGAGCUUUUUGUCAUGUGAUUUGCUUGUCUUCAACUUGAAAUUAUGUGAGGCACAUUUGUUUAUUUGUUGUUAAGAAAGUGAUUUUAUUUUGUCCUACGUGCUGUGAUCUAGACUGGUCACGAGGGUCCACUGAGGAGGCACCGAAACAUACCUGCUUCUCCAUGAAUGGAGUAAGCAGAAGGAAGGAGGGCAGGACAACAGACUGGGUUGUUUUGAAAAAAUCAUCAUGACAAGAAGUUGACAUGAUGGACUUGUGACCAAGAAGCCAAACUGGAUAUUUAAAAGCUCCUUACUUGCUCUGACAUUGAAACCAAAGCUGAUUUAUCUGCACAGGUUGUUUGACAUUUAAAAAAAAAAAAACAAAACAAAACAAAAAAAAAACUGUACUUAAUCUAGAGCAAUACCUGUAUGGUCAGUAAAGCUGCACUUUGUGUAUUUCUUAACAGCUUCAGAUCUGUCACUUUUAAUUUGUACCAUAAAAAAUAAAGAAUUGUUUGACAUGA